AUGAUCGAAGAGGAGCAGAAAAGAUGCAAGCAAGCUACACCGAAGGACACUUGGAAUUUGGCCUACGUCUUCCUAUUCAUCCAUGGAGUUGGAUUUCUACUCCCCUGGAAUGUUUUUAUCAAUGCAAGAGAGUAUUUCGUGGACUAUAAAUUAAAUACAACAAGCAGCCGAAAUGUGGACUACCGAAUUCAUUUCGUUAGUUAUCUAGGUAUAUGCGCCCAACUCCCAAACCUUAUAAUGGCUGCAUGGAACACAUUUUACCAAUCGAAAACAAGGUAA